CCACCGCCACCACCAAGUCCUAUUCAAAACCAGCUCCGUGUGGGCGACCGUGUUGCCGUUGAUUCAAUGGGUAUCGUCGGCACCCUUCGCUUCUUGGGCACAACGAACUUUAAAGAAGGCGUCUGGGCUGGUAUCCAGCUUGAUAUUGUAGGCACAGGCAAAAACGACGGAUCUCCUGUUGACCCACACGCGCGCUUGGAGCGGAUGCUGGGCGAAGCCAUUUCACAAGCCCCGGACCAGGCUGUGAUGCGUUUACAACAGCUCCAAGUUCGUGUUGAGGUGUUGGAAGCCGAAAACAAGUUUUUGAAGCUAGAGAAUGCACAAAACAAGACGGCGGAACAAAUUUUAGAACGUUCCCUGAGCCAGGCCAAGGAACACUUGGCACGCGAGACGGCCAAUGUCGAAGACUACCGCAAACGUAUCGAGCAAUUGGACCAGUCUGUCGAAGAAUUGAAAAAGGCCGGCAUGGAGAGUAUCGAGUUGUACGAAAGCUCGGUCGAGUUACAUCGUGUCGAUAUGGAAGCUAUCAAUGCGCGACUGAUGGAUGAGCAGCGCAAGGUGGCAUCGCUGGAAUCCGAACGCGAGGAGCUCCGAAAGGCUGGUGUUGAGGCUAUUGAGACCUACGAGUCCACCAUGGAAGAGCUGAAGAAGGAAUGGUCUAGCAAGAGCGACAAGCAGCUUCACGAAAAGGAGGAGCUCCAUACGACAAUCACCAAGCUCAAACAGGAGCUCGAGCAGCUCCAAGUGACGACACUGAACAAGGAUAUUGCCGAGCUCGAGUCGUUGAUUGAAUCCAAGAUUUUCAAGGAAGCCGACCUCGAAGAAGCACUUGAGAAGGAACGAAAACAGACAAGUCGACUCAAGAGCGAGCUGGCAGAUAUGAAGCAGACAUUAAAACAGCAGCAGCAACAGCAGCAGCAGCAAAACGAUACGCUGAGCAAGAGCAGUAGCAGCAGUAGCAGCAAUGG